AUGUCUCAAACAAGGCCUAAAGUUGCUAUAGCACAACGCGAAUACAUCAAACAUGUUGAGAAGUAUGUUGCAAGAUCGAGUAAUAAGAAGUUGUCCGAGGCCUUGAAGAAGGUUCGAUGGAUUUCAACUGAGGAUUUAAAUGGCAAGAAAAUGGAAAUGCAAGUGAAAAAUGUGAAUUUUGGUUACAGUGGUUGCAAUGUUGAUGAUGUGUACUUGAUUCAGUACACUUCUGGUACAACUGCUAUUCCUAAGCCUGUUUUAGUGACUGCAGGCUCUGCAGCUCAUAACGUUAGAGUCGCGAGGAAAGCUUAUGAUUUACACCCGAACACUGUUGUUGUUUCGUGGUUACCUCAGUACCAUGAUUGUGGACUUAUGUUUUUGUUGUUGACGAUUGUUUCAGGGGCAACGUGUGUGUUGACAUCCCCGAAUACAUUUGUCAAUCGUCCUAGGAUUUGGCUUGAAUUGAUAUCGGAGUUCAAGGCAACUUGCACUCCUGUUCCUUCAUUUGCUUUACCACUCGUGUUGAAACGUGGUCAUGCUGAGGCAACUGUUACAAGAACUGUUAACAAUCCUAUUAGUAUGAUGAGCUUGAUGAAUUUGAUCAUCGUUAACGAGCCAAUAUACAACGAUUCAUGUGUUGAAGAAUUUGUUGAAGUUUUUAGGCCUUUUGGGCUUAAUCCUUUGGCAAUUUCUCCCUCAUAUGGCUUAGCUGAGAAUGGCACAUUUGUUUCAACAUCAUGGAAAAGUAGUAAUUGUGACAAAUUUUCGACGUAUAAAAAGCUCUUGCCAAGUGCUAGGCUUGAUGAAGAUCAUGUAGACAUUGAAAUUCUAGUUGUGAAUGAAGAUACAAAUGAGAUUGUGGAAGAUGGAAUUGAAGGUGAAAUAUGGAUUUCAUCCCCUAGCAAUGCUACUGGAUAUUUAGGACAUCCAUCUCUAACUCAACAAGUGUUCAACGCCACGCUUAAAAAUAAGGCGGGAAAAUGCUAUGUUCGAACAGGGGAUAGAGGAGUUGUCGAAGGAGAACAAAGAUUUUUAUACGUGACAGGACGAUGUUCAGACGUUAUUAAACUCUCAAAUGGACAAGAAAUACAUCCACAUUAUUUGGAGACAUUAACUUAUAAUAGUUGUCCAAAUUUCCUAAGAGGAGGUUGUGUUGCAGCAUUCGAGAUGUCUGAAUCUGAAUACACAUCUAUAGUUGUUGUCACGGAGGUACAAAGCAAGGGUGAAAUAGAGAGUGAUAUGUUUUUGAAGCAAAUAUGUGAAGGAAUAAGGAAAACAAUAAUGAAAGAAGAAGGUGUUGGAAUUGGACUUGUGGUACUUGUUAAAAUUGGAAAUGUACCAAAGACUACUUCUGGGAAAAUACAAAGAUGGCUUGCUAAGUAUAAAUUUAUGAAGUCACAAAUGAAUAUUAUAAUGCAAAUGAAGUUUGAUAAUAAUGGUAAUAUUCAAAGCACAAUGCAAAAAAUGAUGCAAAUUGGAAAAAAAGAGGCUAAAAAGGGAAAGAAAGUGUUAGUUGUGGAAGAAGAAGAAGGGGUAUUUUUUGCUCCAACAAAUAGGACUUUGAAAUCUUGUCUUUAA